GUGGUAUAAUGACGCUUUUCCAGUCUAUGUGCAACAAUUGAGGCAGGCGCGGAGGGGGUGGCUGUUCUUAUUGGUCGAGUUCCCCAUCCGGAGUGACGUCGUUCCUUCCAAUUGUUUCUCACCGCCUGCCGCAUGUGAUCUUCAGGCAUCUGCGAAGUGUAGAGUCGAAGACCUUCUUCUCACCCAACACCAGUCCUUUUUGAAUGGCGAAGCCAUACUCGACACUAGAAUGACUCAUGAAAAGAUUCUUUGAUAUUCCCAGCGCAUGAGAAUAUAUCUUUGUUAUCAGAUAUGCCCCGUCAGUUCCCGUUCCCUCGCCAGGCAUCUGUCUUAAGCGCUCCUCGAGAGUGUCGGUCUCCAUACUACCUCCAGACAAAGCUCGAAUGGCCUCGCUUAUAGCGACUCUGUAAUUUCACCGCAAAGUAUCCUUCUAGAAAUGUCGUCGCUCUCCACUGGAGACCCGAAGAUGCCCAUUGGGUCAUCCACGCCGGGAUCCAAGCGAAGCAACCAUGUCCGUCAGUCGUCGAACUUGGAGGGAGGGGCUAUGUCAUUUGAUAAUCGUGCCAGUGCCGAAGAACAAAAUGCUCACAAAAAUCAUCAAAGAAUUGUCUUUGCCGACCCUGUCGCGCUCAUUUAUUUGGAAGAGGACCCAUCAACAACCGUUCUGCACCGUCGCACGACCUUACAAGGAUACGAGAUGUACAUUGUCGAGCAGUGGGCAUGUUCUCGGGUCCAUCCCACCUUUAUUAUUUGCACAUAUACCGGUGAUCCUUCGCACCGAAUACAAGUUGGGGUCUUGAGCGUCCCCACGGAUAGAGACAGCUGGUCGCCACGUCUCAAAUUAUACUUCAACGCUGUGCAACAGUACCAUGCUGCAGCUAGAGAGACGCCUCUAGGCACCUUGAUGGUCGCGAACUUAAGUGCUUUUCCUUCUGCCCUCACAGUCAUUGCGAUUCCAGACGGUGAUGUGAGAAAACAUCGAGAGGACUAUAUAGUCAACGAGAAUUUGAAGCGGCUGGGGUGUGUGGGACGAGCAGGCUUAAAAAUACAGCAUCCGUCACUGGUUGUUGAAGCCAAAUUUCAUCAAUUGUAUCGGACAAGCGACCGUGUUCCUCUUUACACUGCGGUUAUGGAACUUGUCAAGCAGUGCCAGAUCGCACUCAUUAUUUUCGACAAACUUGCCCCUGAGUACGCAGAUGGCCUUUUAUGCGACGUCACCGAAAAGGCAGUAGGUGACUGGUGGGCAGACAUUGGUACCGAACUAUACAAUAUUGAGCCAAGCGAUGGGAUCCUUGGGCCUACAACAGUCUCAGCACUGCUGGGAGCAUUGAUGGGUGCACGCCAUAGAUUGCACGCUGUUGGAGCCCCUGUUCCUAAAGAUGCAUUCGAAGUUUCAAGUAUGAAACGGGGAAUUGGCAGUUUCCAGAAGUCACAAAAACUAGAACGUACGCGACGGUUGGACCGCCACACUCUCGAUAGGCUUCACCGAGUGAGCCAAAAGUCUACUAGCUCUGAACGUUGGACAGGUGCUGUCAAAUCAACUGUCGCUGAGUUAAGGGGCAAAGGAGGUGAGAUGGUGAUGGGGAUGGUCGGCCGAGAUAGAGGUAUAAUAUCUGAUAUCGAAACACUCGAUCUAGAACGAUUUGCCCAGCUAGCCACUGGUGAAAGGGCUCGCUGGCUGUGGCAGGGAAAACCUUAUAAAACUGGUUUUAACCACGAUCUUGAGACGAAUUCUAAGCCGGACGACCUUGUCUUUACCAAGGAUGAUCAAGGGGGCUAUGUUUGGGCAAGCCGAAAGCGGCGCACCGACUCAGAAUCCGCCCCAGAUCAUGUUAGAGAGGAAAAUGAGAGCGGUAGACGUUCCAACGAUUUGACAACAACAGUGGAAGAUAGAGACCAAAAUCUUGGUCGAAUAGUAUCCCGAAGUCUGACCGAAAGAGUGUCAGAUGCUCGUGCCGGUUUUGGCAGAUUCAAAGAUACUAUUAAUCUACCAGGCCGUCGUUCUCACCACCCUCACCAACAGCAACAUCGUCAUACGCCGAGUAAAGAAGGCAUUAGAGUCGACACUAACGCAUACGAUAGUGGCGGUGACAGUGAACCCGACCAUGCUGCGGUCAGACUUGAUCGAAUGCCUGAACCAGUUGCUAAAGAGAGUGCCGAUGCUCUGGUGGCUACUGAAACUGCAAGUGAACCUAUGCAUGAAGCGGAGAAAUCUUCACCAGCUCCGCAGCCGCAAAAAUCAACAUCUGAUCCACCUGAAAUUCACAUUCAAGCAGAUUCUUCCUCGGCAGAAGAGACGAGUUCCUUACAAGUGCUCCACAGUGACAGACCGCAAACAGUGCCAGAGGAAAGCGAUAAUGACCUGGAACUUGCAAAGACUCGAUCGACCGAUGCUGCUAGUAGUCAGGACAUACCCGAAGGUCAAGCUUUCAAAAGUCUUCGCCGCUCACAGAGUUUUCCGGACGAAAUGUUCGACCUUCCUACGAAAUCCGAUGGUAAUCGAUGGCCUCGCCAUUUGUCUUUCAGCAUAGUAGAGGAAGUUGUCCUCGUUUGGGAAGGGGUCAAGGUUGUGAAAACCGAACCAGGCGAUGAUAAAUCCUCGAACUUCAAACAAGCCAUCCUUCAGGAGAGCUCUCUAUUCUCAGACGCACAAAUAUUCAAUUCAAAAGUCCGAGGACUGAAUCAGAAAACCGUGCCGUGGGUUGAAAAUCAAGUUGCUUCAGUUGAGCGCUUGCAUCAACAGGCCGCUACAAUGCAGGGGGAAUUGGGAUACAUCUACCCAGAGCGCUUAGAAGAAGCUAGGGCGCUCCGAGAGCGCAUCAACCAGCUACUAGGGGACGAGAGCGCGCGUGUGACUGAAGAAUUGAAAAAGGUCGAGCUGUUAGGAGCCAAAUUAGACUAUGAGCUGAACGUCUUGGAAUCGAAGGUUGAAGAUGUCGAAGAAUGCCUCCAAGAUUUUGAGCGGAACGUUUCUGAAAUCGAGAAGCGGAUCAAAGAUCUUGUCAAGGGAGAGCGAAAAAAUGAUACAUCUUGGUUCUCCUGGUUCGGCAGGAAAUUCGGGCACUUGCAUAUUUAGCUACUUUUUGCAUCUCAUACCUUUUUUCUUGUAUAUAUAGGUGAUUUGCGUCACACAUAUCCAUAUAGGGAGCGAACAGCGUAUUGAUUGUAAUAUCUGCAUAAAUAAUAUACCACUUGACCGUUGAGAUCUUUA